UACUAAGCUUUAAUGUUGCAAACGGGAAUCAGGGCUUUAAGUGUUAGAGAAUUGGAAAAUUUCUUCGCGCCCAGUUUGCGAAAUUCUACCAAAAUGGCAGAGUUGAAGAGAAUUCACGCCCACAUAGUCAAAUUCUCACUAUCACAGAGCAACUUCCUAGUCACAAAAAUGCUGGAUGUGUGCGACAGCAAUGGAGAGGUGGAUUACGCAAGCUUGCUCUUCAAACAUGUGGUUGAACCAAACGUGUUUUUGUUCAACGCAAUGAUCAGAGUUUACACUCAUAAUGAUAUAUAUAGUUUGGCAGUGACUCUGUACAAGCAAAUGCUAAAAAACCAAGGUGCUCGAAACCCCAUUUUUCCUGACAAAUUCACAUUCCCGUUUGUGGUAAAAUCUUGUGCUGGGCUCCUUUGUCAGGAUCUGGGUAGGCAAGUUCAUGCCCAACUGUGUAAAUAUGGGCCAAAGUCCCAUUCCAUCACUGACAAUGCACUAAUAGAUAUGUAUACUAAAUGUGACAAUUUGACAGAUGCGCAUAGAGUGUUCGAGGAAAUGGGUGAAAGAGAUGUAAUUUCUUGGAAUUGCCUUCUUUCUGGGCAUGCAAAAUUAGGACAAAUGAGAAGGGCAAGAUCCCUGUUUGAGGAAAUGCCUAAUAAGACUAUUGUCUCUUGGACAACAAUGAUUUCUGGGUAUACAAGAAUUGGAUGCUAUAGUGAGGCAUUGGAUAUUUUCCGGAAAAUGCAAAUGUUGGGUAUUGAACCUGAUGAGAUCAGUGUUGUGUCUGUGUUGCCUGCAUGUGCACAGCUUGGAGCUCUUGAGGUUGGGAAAUGGAUUCACAUUUAUUCGGAAAGAAUUGGGUUAUUGCGGUCUACUUGUAUAUGCAAUGCUCUGAUUGAAAUGUACGCAAAAUGUGGCUGCAUCGAUCCAGCUUUGCAGUUGUUUAAUCAGAUGUUGGAGAGGGAUGUAAUUUCUUGGAGUACCGUGAUUGGAGGGUUGGCGAAUCAUGGUAAGGCUCGGGAAGCAAUUGGACUCUUCCAAGAUAUGCAGAGAGCAGGGAUUGAACCUAAUGGCAUUACAUUUCUUGGUCUUCUAUCGGCCUGCGGCCAUGCUGGUUUUUGGAAUGAGGGGUUAAGGUACUUUGAUUCCAUGAAAAAAGAUUAUCAAUUAGAGCCAGAAAUUGAGCAUUAUGGUUGUUUGGUUGAUCUCCUUGGAAGAGCAGGACGACUUGAUCAUGCUCUGGAGGCAGUAAAGAAGAUGCCGAUGAAGCCAGAUGCAAAGAUUUGGGGUUCUUUGUUAAAUUCUUGCAGGACUCAUUGCAAUGUUGAGAUUGCUGUUGUUGCAAUGGAGCAACUUUCAGAGCUUGAACCAGAUGAUACAGGGAACUAUGUGUUGCUGUCUAAUAUUUAUGCAGAUGUUGGGAAGUGGGAGAGUGUGUCAAAGAUUAGGAAACUCAUAAGGAGUAAGAGCAUGAAGAAAACCCCUGGAUGCAGCUUGAUUGAAGUCAACAAUGUGGUCCAAGAGUUUGUGGCAGGAGAUGAUUCAAAACCAUUUGCAAAAGAUGUAUUUGCAAUGCUAGAUCUGCUGGCUUCGCAUGAGAAUAUCACAAGUGAUAUGAUAGAAAUUGCUCAAGAGGAUAGUAGCAUAGAGAUUCCUUGAAGAUGUGAAACUCCCACAGAACAAAUUUUGGCUGACCACUACACCACUGAAGCAAUUUAAUGACUAAAUCAUACACUGUUUCGACUACUGGAAUGCUUUCAGGAAAGAAACAUGGGUUGCUUGUCAACACAAAAACAUCUUAGAAGCUCAAAAGAGUUGCUCUCUAAGUUCCUCUAUAAUGAAAGAGCAAGAGCUACGGAUGAUUUUAUACUAAUAGGUGCAUAACGACAAAAGUCUGGGGAAAGACUAUUUAAUUAUUAGGUAGUAGCAUAUGGGGUGACAUGCAUGCCUUUGUAGAAAGAAAUUACUUUUGUCUGGACUAAAGUACAUAUCAUUUCUCAUAUAAGGUCUUUUCUCGUGCUAAUCUACAUGAAUUAUUAUAAAGCAUGUUUAAGCUGCAAGGUUUUACUGUUUACUUGUGCUUAAAUUUUUGCAAGGAUUUAAUUUAAAAAAGCUUUUUACUUGUGCUGCUAUCCUCACUUUCCACAUGAUGGGUCAUUUACUUGGAAUGUUAAUGGAACUUCUUCCCCAACCAUAGAAAACCACACUUUCUAAGAUAGUAAAAUGUUCUUCAGUCUCUUGAUUUUGUGAGACAAUUAUACAGUUUAUACGCAUCUUAUCCCAAAAGUAUGUUUUGUCUUCUGUAGUAGCAAAAGUAUGAUUUGUGCAUUGCAUAAAAUGAAGAAGCCCUGCAAACUAAGCCUCACUUUGCUGAGAGUUAUGGAAAUAUGGCAAAUUGUUGGAAGGUAUUGAAUGUGUUUUUAUGGUUUCCACCCUCUACUGUUUAGCCUAAAACAGUUUGACAAAAAGCCCUUCUGUUUUCUUCCAUAGGAGAAGGGAAAUGUUGAUAUUGAUGUGUGUUACAGCAAUCAAUCUGCUUAUGCAGACUCCAGUCUUUCUCUAACUGGUCAGGAGCAUUCUUUGAGGUUCCGGUCCAAUUUAAAUUGGGUUAGCGAUUUCUGCAAAGAAGUUUGAUUAAUGGUACUGAGUCACCUUAUAAACCUUGUAAGGCAAACAAAUACCCUGUUCAUUUCUCCACACUGAAAAUUCUGUUCUGAUUUUCCUUUUUAAAUGAGAAUGAUAUUGAAGCUUUGCAAUGACAGCUGGAAGGUGAAUUUAGAAUUCAGGUAAAUCUGAUCUCAAGUUUCAGCUAAAUAAACUGCAUUUUAUAUACCACUAGAACCAAGUAUAGGGGGGACCCUUGAUGGAUUGGAAUUUAUGUUGUAAUGAAAAGAUUCACUUGGCUUGGAAUGUGUAGCAAAUAGAACUUCAUUGAGAUUACCUAGAAUUUUUUUGGUUACAGUACUAGAAUUAUUGUAUUUAGCUUAUUUAUUAUUUAUUAUGCAAGGAUAGAAAAUGUACAUAUUUGCUUGUUGGCUUUAUAAACUCUCCUUUGUUCUCAUUGUAUUAUUCUUUAGCAAUUGCAAUAAGAAACCUAGCAUUCUUUUU